GCCAAAUCGCCAGCGGCCCAAACUAACAAAAGGUAAGCAUUACGGUCCACGGGCUUCAGCCGAACACAGGAGCAGGCAAGACCGCAAGAGUGCAAGACCGCAUCAGCCAAUCGUGCGGACGAACGCCAAGUGCCAAGUCGCCGACUCGCCGGCCGCAGACCGCUCACGCCUCUACCGCCGGCGGCCCACGCUAUGCCGCAUUGAGCCCCUAUCCCUCAAUUCGUCAGCCUUCUGGCCGGUGUGCCUUCAUCACUGCUUCAGGCUUCCUUCACCGGAAUCACCGUUUCAGCAGUCACCCUUCAGGUGCUCCUCCGGCUUGUCGGCCUUCUUCCUUAUCUGAUAAGGCCCAUAAGGGCUUAAAUCUUUGUCUUUUUCAGAACUACAAAAAGGUGCAGCAGUAGGUGAUACAAAAAGUCACAACAGUCAAUGUUUUAUUUAUUUCCAGCACGUGUUAUCAAGUAUCGUAUAUAGAACUAUAACUCUCAAACUGUCCUCCCACAUUACAACUUGUUUCGAGACAAAACCAUGAUCAAGUAUCCUGGAGGCUGGAGGUGGUUGACUUGAACGACUCUCGCUUCUUGUCCUCUUUAUUUCAUUGUCAUGAUCUGAAGUCUGAACUUUAAAGUAUAUUGUCUCUUUCUCUUUGCUACUUUGCGAUCAGUUCAUGUGCUUUUCAUUUGCUUCAGAUCUCACUCGGCUCCUACAAGGUCGCAUUCCCAAUUCUCAUCUCCUUCAAAUACACGCUCGUGUUUUUCGUAUCAGCGCACACCAAGAUAACCUUGUAGCCACUCGCCUUAUCGGGCAGUACAAGUCCAGACUAGCUCUUCGCAUUUUUAAUCAUUUACAAAAACCAAAUAUUUUCCCUUUCAACGCUAUCACCCGAGUUUUAUCUGAAGAAGGCUUAUAUGUUGAUGCAUUUUUGGUGUACAAGAGAUUGAAUUUGCAAUGCCUUUACCCUAAUGAUUUGACAAUUUCUUUUCUCCUUAAAGCGUGUACCAGCACUAGUAAAUCGAUUUAUGUUCAGCAGCUCCAUGCCCAUGUUUUAAAGUUUGGAUUUUUGGCCAAUUCAUUUGUCUUUAAUGGUUUGCUAAGCGUGCACACCAAGACCCUGAAGGAUUUUCAUUCGGCUUGUAAACUGUUCGAUGAAAUGCCUGAUAAGGAAGCCUCUUGCUGGACUUGUUUGAUUUCUGGAUAUUCCAAGUCGGGUCAAUCUGAGGAAGCUCUAUCGACAUACUUGUCCAUGGUUAAGGAGAAAGUCGUCCCUGAAAAUGACACUAUGGUUAGUGUGAUGUCUGCUUGUUCGAAUCUUGAUUUUGUACAGGUUGAGAAUUGGGUAGGGAAUUUGUUAGACGCAAUUGAUAGCUAUGGUUUGAAGGAUGACCAUUGUGACUCUGUAAAAACUGUUCUUAUUUAUUUGUAUGGUAAAUGUGGAAAGGUUGAUAAGAGUAAGGAGAUGUUUGACCAGGUAUCUGCUGAUGGGAAGAAAAGUGUGGUUUCUUGGAAUGUCAUCAUUAGUUCUCUUGUCCAGAACGGAUUUCCUUGGGACGCAUUGGAUCUUUUUCAGGUAAUGACAAGGCAUCAUAAAUCUCAUCCCAACCAUGUUACAAUGGUCAGUGUGCUCUCUGCAUGUGCUCAAGUUGGUGAUUUGGAUAUGGGAAUUUCGGUCCAUGAACAUAUUAAAUCAAGCAAUAUUUGGAAUAGGAAUCUUGCAACUGCAUUGAUAGAUAUGUACUCUAAAUGUGGCUGUGUGGAGAAGUCUAUGGAAGUGUUUGACCAGCUUGUUUUAAAAGAUGUUGUCACGUAUAACGCCAUGAUCAUGGGUUUGGCAACAAAUGGAAAUGGAAAAAGUGCGCUUACACUUUUUGCGAAAAUGCUAGAGCUUAAUUUGCAACCUAACUCCCAAACGCUCCUCAGUGUAUUAUGCGCUUGUAGUCACUCAGGACUGAUAGAUAAAGGCCGGCGGCUGUUUCGAGAAAUUUGCCAACGGUUCUUUAUUGUCCCCAGAUUGGAACACUAUGCUUGUUACAUUGAUAUGCUUUCACGAACAGGUCAUGUUGAAGAAGCACUUAAAGUUGUUACGUCAAUGCCAUUUGAGCCGAACAGUUUUGUUUGGGGGGCUCUACUAGGUGGUUGUGUGGUUCAUGGCAAAUUAGAACUUGCCAAUCACAUCUCACAGAUGCUUGUCCAGGUGGAUCCACAUAGCUCUGCCGGAUAUGUGAUGAUGUCGAAUGCAUUUGCCACAGAACAUCAUUGGAAGAAUGUUUCGAUUAUGAGGUCAUCUAUGAAGGAAAGUGGAGUGAGCAAAGAACCGGGGCAUAGUUGGAUUUCCAUAGAGGGAAAGGUGCACAAGUUCCUUGUUGGAUCGUUUGCAUCAAAACUUCAAGAUGAGAAAAUAUGCAGUGCACUUGAGGGAUUAGUGAAGGAGAUGAAGUUACCUAGUACUUAAAGGAUCUUGUAGUUGUUUUUAAGAUUUAUAGUAUACUACGUAUAAAAUAUUCUGUAAAGCUUAUAAUGUAAGGGUGUCUGGGUGUGGUAAAAACAAGGCACAAUUUGUAAAAAUGUAAAAUACCAUGGUAUUGCCAUUGGGUUAAUUUAUAAAUUUAUGGGGUGGAAUGUUAUGUGGGUGCCAAGUUGAUGUUAGUGUCAUGUUAUGCACCGACGGGAAGAAGCUUGUAGAGGCAAAAUUUUGAAAUCCAAGGAUUCCUCCGCACAAACAUUAUUACUGUAUUACUUUAAAGUUGAUAUCUUUUGGAUUUUAGUCUGGAAUGGCUGCUUGUACUUCUACAUGCUUUAUAACUUCGGAUAUAUGGUGCUCGAGGGGGGGACGGGCUGCUCUUGGAGGGAGAGUUAGUCCUUCGAAAAUGCUCAUUGAAAGGAACAGGUCUUUGAGUUUGGGUGCUUCUCGAAGGAGUUGUUUGGAUUGGUCAUUGGUCAGGUGUUCUGCCAAUUCCAAUAGUUCACCCAAUGCUCGUAGUGCGAAUCAGUAUCAGAGUAAAGACCCAUUUCUCAACCUGCACCCAGAGAUUUCAAUGCUAAGAGGUGAAGGGAACAGUAAAAUGGUGACCCCAAGACAGGAAAAUGUGAUUGAAAAUGUUACCGAGAGCUUGAAAGACUUGUCCAGCGUGAGUAAUUACAACGAGGCUAAGAUUAAGGUUGUUGGAGUUGGAGGCGGUGGGUCAAAUGCAGUGAACCGGAUGAUAGAAAGUGCAUUGAGGGGGGUGAAGUUCUGGAUGGUUAACACUGAUAUACAAGCCAUGAGAAUGUCACCUGUGUUUUCUGAGCAGCGUUUGCAAAUUGGUCAGGAGCUCACUAGAGGACUUGGUGCUGGUGGGAACCCAGACAUUGGAAUGAAUGCUGCCAAGGAAAGCAAAGAGGCUAUUGAGGAAGCAGUUUAUGGUGCUGAUAUGGUCUUUGUUACUGCUGGAAUGGGUGGUGGAACGGGGACUGGUGCAGCCCCUGUAAUAGCAGGAACUGCAAAGGCAAUGGGGAUAUUGACCGUUGGUAUCGUCACAACCCCCUUUUCAUUUCAAGGGAGAAGAAGAGCAGUUCAAGCCCAAGAAGGCAUUGCUGCUUUAAGGGAAAAUGUUGAUACUCUGAUUGUCAUCCCAAAUGACAAGUUGUUAACAGCGGUUUCCCCAUCUACCCCUGUAACAGAAGCAUUUAACCUGGCCGAUGACAUUCUACGUCAAGGUGUUCGUGGCAUAUCUGAUAUAAUAACGGUUAGUAUAACUUUGAUUGCCACUGGAUUCAAACAGCAGGAAGGUGAUGAUAAGCCCACCCAGGCAAGCCAGCUAACUCCAGGAGAUGCCACCAUUGGCAUUAACCGACGGCCUGCUUCAUUCAUGGAAGGUGGUUCAGUAGAAAUCCCCUAGUUUUUGAAGAAGAAAGGGCGUUCGCGGUAUCCAAGAGCUUAAAAUCUGUUUCUCUCAAGAACAAGCUUGCACUGUUGCAGGGUUUCACUAAUGAUGAGCUAAGCUCCGGCUGGAAAGCAUUAAUCCAUCAGACAAUUAUCAAGCUAGUAGUAGAAUAAGUAAGAGGGGAUGCGACGAAAGGACAAAGUUUUAUAGAGACAAAUUUUCGAGCUUGUGGCGUGUGUACAGUGUACUUAUUGUAUUGGAUGACACCCCAUCCCUGAGGGUCGGCCCCCCAACACCGACAGGACAACACGAUGGGAGGAUGUAAAUUGGAUUUUAAUCACAAUUUGACAGAUAGAGAGUGGGGUUCUGUCUCCGGUACUUGCAGAGAUCCUAUGCAUUUUUAGCAUAGUAACCUUUCAUCGCAAUAGUCGGGAUUCGAAUCCGGGAUAACCCUUGUGGCACUACCUCGCUACUAGUUGAGCUACGCCCACCGGUACGGCUUUGACCUAUAAAACGAUAUGAAUCAUAUGAUAUGUCCCUUAGCUAAUUAUGGUAGACACGGAGAGAUGGGCUAACAACCUACCACUGUGGCCUAUAUGAGCUACACUGCUACACUUUUCAUUUGGGACAAGAGAAGGUCAUACAGUUAUUAAUAAAAGUGAAUUUGUGU